CAGUUGAGCAUAAACAUUCCUACGGUGUGGUGGUAGAAUCCAAGCCAAGCCAAGUCUGCGCGUCGAACUUAAGUAUUUUGAAAUUGGUGCGAAACGAGUCGAAAAGUGAUUUUCUGAGCGUGUGCUGAGCUUCUUCUAGUAUCUAGACAGAAGCCGGAUAAUAAAGUGUUACACCACGCGGCUUGAGCGCAGCAUGAGAAAUCCUGCGGCAGGCCUCUGACAAAAUCGAACAGAAUCUUCAAAGAAUAGGAUUCAAACCAAAAGUGUUGAAACUAGAGUUUUGCAACUCUAAGAUUAAAGCAGCAAAGAAUCAUCAAAAAACCACAAGAUGGCAAUGAGUUACCACUACUACAACGGCAGCUCGCGAUUCGAAAUGGUCGUGGAGAUCGCCAAUAUUGCACUCGAUGAGUUCAAGACCCAUCACAUCUCGCGCAACUACACGGGCCUGGUCCAGCGCUACUACCAAUUGGUGGAAGAGGAUUACGGCGAUCCGCGAGCUGAACGGUACCCGCUAAUGGACCAUCCUAUGUUCACGUUCGGUCUAGUGGCCGUUUACCUAUCCUGGGUCCUGGUUCUGGGACCGCUCUUCAUGCGCGACCGCAAGCCCUUCCAACUCCGACGCACCCUGGUCGUCUACAACGCCUUCCAGGUGCUGCUCAGCGGCUACAUGUUUUAUGAGCAUCUAAUGGCUGGCUGGCUGAACUACUACAAUCUGAAGUGCCAACCGGUCGACUAUUCUGAUGGUCCCAGUUCAAAGCGGAUGCUCAACCUGUGCUAUCUGUACUACCUCUCGAAGCUGACCGAGUUCGCUGAUACCGUGUUCUUUGUGCUGCGCAAGAAGUCUUCGCAGAUCACCUGGCUGCAUGUGUAUCACCACUCGGUGACCCCGCUGGAGACAUGGGUGCUGGUCAAGUUCCUGGCAGGUGGAAAUGCCACAUUCCCCAAUCUGCUCAACAACUUCGUGCACGUGUGCAUGUACUUCUAUUACAUGAUGGCCGCCAUGGGACCCGAAUACGCCAAGUUCCUGUGGUGGAAGAAAUAUAUGACUGAGCUCCAGAUCGCCCAGUUUGUGCUAUGCAUUGUCCACACCACCCGCGCCCUCUUCAGCAACCAGUGCCAGUUCUCGAAAUUCAUCUCCGCCCUGCUCCUGCUGAAUGCGUCCAUUUUCUUCUGCCUCUUCAUGAACUUCUACAUGCAGAGCUACAGGAAGUCCAAGGCUCAGCAGCAGCAGCAGCAACAGAAGCAGCUGGCGGCCACGCCUCUCAAGGCGGACAGCAACAACAACAGCACGAUGGUACUGCCGGCCCAGAAACUGAAAGCUAACUAAGAAUAUAUAGAACCGAAUGGGAGAUGGACAAUAAGUGCUUCCAUGCUCGAGGGGAAACAAAAAUUUCUUGUAAACUGAACAGAUUGGUGUUGGCAACAGAGAAAACGUAAAAGGAACAAGCGUUGGAAGUAGUUUUGGUACAAAGGUUUCAACUUAUGCUAAGCUAAGCUUAAGAGCCAUAAACGCAAGCACACACACACACAAAGAAACACAUAAAAACACUCGAGCACACAUACACGCGUACACAGACACGGACGCAGAGGAAGUCCACAUGCUGAUCGAUCGAACGUGGAUGGACCAUGGGGCGUAUGCGCAAUAUGAUUAUUUACCAGCCCCACAUGGUAGCUUUGCUUGAUUGCUUCGCCUGUAUCUGUAUCUGAAUCUGUAUUCUGUACUGUAUGGUGUAUGUAACUGUACAACGAAACUGGGUCAAUUUUCAAGAUCUGCCUAAAGUGUAAGUCGCCUAAUUCUAGAACCUCACGAAAGAAGCGCGAUUAGUCGUAAUUGAGCGGGAGCACAGCUCCCCAUUAGACGUAGGCGAUAAUUGUAGUUGUGUAUAGACGAUUUGUAAAUAGCCUGUUAAAUGUUAAUGUUAAAUAUUUGUAGUCUUAAGCUAACUAGUCUAACUUACAACAUUCGCACAAGCAAAUAUGGACAAACACUAUAUUAAAAGCGAAGACAAAUAAAAGUGAAGAAAAGAUAAAUUUCA